UCAACUGGCAGGAGGUAGAUGCUGGCAGUAUUGUCAGUAUCAAAGACGAGACACGUUUCCAGAUAACUCUUCCGAAGCAGCUCGACUUUACCAAGUGCAGAAGACUGACGGUCAGGGGUUACAAUGUAGUUGGCAUGUAUUCAACAACUUCAGCAGAUGUCAAAGACUGUAAUGCCUAUGACCCACGUAACGUUGUGCCUGCAGUCGUGGUAGAUGCUGUUGGACACUGGAACACAUGCAAUUGAUGCAAGCCGUUGUGAUUUCAGGCACAGCGAAAGGACUUCAUCUUGGAUAUAGCAUCAGUUUAGAUCAGAACAGUCACUUGGAACACGAUGAUGUUGACUUCACUCCCUACAAGAACAUCCUGUCUGCUGCGUGGCAAACUCUACGUUACAGGAACUACACGUGGGCAGUGGUGGCAGGUGACCAGUUGGACCCCUCAUCUCACUACAAUAAAGAGACCCUGAUGACCGUCACUGACCCCUGUAGCAUGCCGGAUGUCAUCAAGUGUGGAAACACAGGUGAUACUGAUAACAAUGAAACUGAUGAAGUCGCUUGUAUUUAAAGGUAACUGCAUAAAACUGAUUUGUUAUCAAUUCGUAUUUACCAGUUCACGAGUUCCUAAACGUAGAAUUCACCCAAGAGGAAUACCUACAGCAUGGCAGGAGAUUUUAUGUGUGCAUCCACGCUGAUGAGAAGGAAAUGCCGUUCGAGAAGUGGACGUCCAACCUGACUGAAAUGAACGCUUGUAGUAACGGCAUCACAGUUGACCUUACGCCACCAACACCGGGGACAGUGAACGUCGACGGACUAACAGACGGAUCCUUUCAGAUUAGCAACACAGAUGUUGCCAUGAAAUGGACAAACUCCACUGAUGUCGAAGAAGAGGGACAUGCGGCCCGUCAGCUUGGAAUCUCACAUUAUGAGGUUGCUCUUGGAUCUGUCCCUGGUGGACAAGAUGUCGUCAAGUUCACUAACGUUGGAUCUGUCGACCAUUACACACUCCACAGUCUUCAUCUACAUAGUGGAAAUACAUACUAUGUCUCAGUGAAAGCUACGGAUUUUGUCAACAUGACAACAGUGGCUGUGUCAAAAGGUUUCCUUGUUGACUCCACAGCUCCAGUCUUGACUGGCCAGCUUCUACAGCUAGAGGGACGCUACAUCACAUCACGUGUGGUGCAUGUCUGCUGGUCCAACGUGUUCUUAGACGAGGAAAGCGGAGUAAAGGAAUACAUGGUUUCCAUGGGUACCAGACCUGCGUACGCUGACGUGUCAGAGAACGUGAUCACUAACCAGGAUUGCUUGGACUUUGACACACUUAACAACGUUGUGGAUGGACAUUCAUAUUAUUUUUCUCUGAAGGCGUUCAACGGUGCAGGUUUGUACACUCUCUCUUCAUCACGACUUCUGACAGUGGACACCACGCCUCCAUCUACCGGCCACGUCUAUGACGGAUUACAGUCAGCUACCUCAAAUGACGACAAAGACAAGGACUAUAUCACCAGUGUCUUAGAGAUGGGGGCCUACUGGGAAGGCUUCGACCUUCCUCAUUCAAGUGUCGUCAUGUACAAGGUCAAGGUCGGGACCUGUGCAGGAUGUGACGACAAGCUGGAAGAGAUAGAGUUUGGAAACACAAAAAGUACAGUUUAUUUUAGAUAUCAGGGCAUAUUACUUUUGAAAUAUUGACGAAUAGAACUUCUUUGAGAACACAUAUUUAUAGAUAUGAAGGGGGGUAUGUUGCAUGAUAGAACCA